CUCCCCCCGCUUAUUUGGGAGAUUAGAGUUCAUUAAUUAAAUCCUGUGCUUAGAUCGAACUGUAACGUUAUUCCAAUCACAUUUAUCUUACAGGCGGCGGAGAUGGCAGCCUAGCUGGAAACGCGCGGGGGAGCCUCAGCCGGCGGCCGGGGACGCACAGCGCGGCGCGUUCCAUCGCCACGCCGCCGCGCAGGCCCUCCAUCUUCCUGCUCAGCCUCCUGGCCCCGCUCGGCCCUGCCUUGGGGGUCGGCUUCUCUCUGGGGCUCCUGCCCUUCCCCACCUCCCCGGCCUCCGCGGCUCCCCUGCCCGGUCCCCCUCCCCCGCCACACACGCUGACACGCGCGGGCGAACACACACACACUCACACACUGACACGCCAGCGAGCUGCUGGCCGCUCAAUGGACCGAUUUCCCUGCUUCCCUUGAUCCCAGCCCAGCCCGGGAUGAGAAAUUGCAAAAUGGCCCGGGUCGCCAGUGUGCUGGGACUGGUCAUGCUCAGCGUCGCCCUGCUGAUUUUAUCGCUCAUCAGCUACGUGUCCCUGAAAAAGGAGAACAUCUUCACCACUCCCAAGUACGCCAACCCGGGGGCGCCCCGAAUGUACAUGUUCCACGCGGGAUUCCGGUCACAAUUUGCGCUGAAGUUUCUAGAUCCGUCAUUUGUGCCCAUUACGAAUUCUCUGACCCACGAACUCCAAGAGAAACCUUCUAAGUGGACAUUUAAUCGGACAGCGUUUUUACAUCAAAGGCAAGAAAUUCUUCAGCAUGUCGAUGUAAUAAAAAAUUUUUCUUUGACCAAGAAUAGUGUUCGGAUCGGACAACUGAUGCACUAUGAUUAUUCCAGCCAUAAAUAUGUUUUCUCUAUUAGCAAUAACUUCCGAUCACUGCUUCCAGAUGUGUCACCCAUUGUGAAUAAGCAUUUUAAUAUUUGUGCUGUGGUUGGAAAUAGUGGGAUCCUGACAGGGAGCCGGUGUGGACAAGAAAUAGAUAAGUCAGAUUUUGUUUUCCGUUGCAAUUUUGCCCCUACGGAGGCUUUCCAAAGAGAUGUUGGAAGGAAAACCAACCUUACCACCUUCAACCCCAGCAUUCUGGAAAAAUAUUACAACAAUCUUUUGACCAUUCAGGACCGUAACAACUUUUUCCUGAGUUUAAAAAAGCUCGAUGGGGCCAUUCUUUGGAUCCCUGCAUUUUUCUUCCACACUUCAGCAACUGUUACCAGGACAUUAGUUGACUUUUUUGUUGAACACAGAGGUCAGUUAAAGGUCCAAUUGGCUUGGCCUGGAAAUAUAAUGCAACAUGUCAACAGGUACUGGAAAAACAAACAUUUGUCACCCAAACGGCUGAGCACAGGUAUUCUCAUGUACACCCUUGCGUCAGCGAUGUGUGAAGAGAUCCACUUGUAUGGAUUUUGGCCUUUUGGAUUUGACCCCAACACAAGGGAAGAUCUUCCAUACCAUUAUUAUGACAAAAAAGGGACCAAAUUUACCACCAAGUGGCAGGAGUCACACCAGCUGCCUGCCGAGUUUCAGCUGCUGUACCGAAUGCAUGGGGAAGGGCUCACCAAGCUGACUCUGUCACACUGUGCCUAAGACUCUGAACAGAAAGUGCCAAAUGGCCAUUUGAAAAGUGCCCCAAAUCAAACGGAAUAGUCUUCAGAAUAGAACCCUAGAGAAUUCCUUAUAAAGACUGUCUGCCGCUUAAAAGGAAAGAUCUCUUCUCUCCCUCUUUUUGCACCUGCUCUCUUAAGAGUCUUGGCAAGACAAACGAAUUGAAGCCACAUGAUGUAAACUUGAUUGAUAAAGGGAAUGUCGCAUUGGGAACCAUGCUGCUAACGAAAUGGUCGGAAGUAUUUUAGUGUUUGUAUUUUGAUAAUAAACUGCCUCCCAUUUUUUUAUGAGGACGGGAGCUGUCAUUGCUGCAGCUUUGAGAUACAGUCCUCAUUGUCACAGGCCUCUGGCCAAUUUGGGCAGGAUUUCAGUUUUGCCUGGGUGGGAUCAGACUCUUCAAAAUGGAAACAAAAAAACCAUUUGCGUAUCUCAUCUCUCUCUCUAUUUCUCGCUGUUGUUCUCAAUCUCUUCCCUACAAUCCCUCGCCCCACCACUGUGGAGUUUAAUAAUUUGCUAGGAAUCAUAUUAAAUUAGCUUUGCUUGUA